AUGACUACAUCUCAUGACCACAGCGGUCGUCAGGUCGCGCGCAGUCUGUUUCUGCGUCUCCAGCAACAAAUUAGUGAGCCGGCAUCGAGUGUCGUUGCAAUCGCACUAUUACUUACUGAAUACUCGUUGAAGUUGAAGCCCCAAAUGGCUUGGUCCCGUUCCAUUCACCACGGUGCGAAAGUACGGCUUGAAUUCCUUGAACGUCGCAAUCGGUCGGAUAACAUUUUAUAUAGUUACUCAGAAGUAGUAGUAAAUAACCGGGCUACUUUCCUAUCACGACUACAGGCAAUUUGGAAGUCCCCGUCGUCACAUAGUCUUUCUCUUGUGCCAUCAUCAAUACUACUCUGUAACAUUUUUGUUUCAUUAAGAGCAAUACAAUGGACGCUAGCCUCUUGUGUAUUUCCGCUCUGGUGGAGACGAGCAAAGAACGUACAACAGGCCAACGUCGUAUCAAUCAAAACGGAAUCAUCGCUUUUCUACAUUGUGAUGGGCACAGGAGGACGAACCUAUGAUCGGGACGAAUUGAAGAACCCAGGAAUGGUCUGGCUUUGCGAGCCCAUCAGUGCCUUGAAGAAAAAGGUCACGAUCAUCGAUCGAGCAGGUCGAUUCUCCCGCGGAACCUUUUUUUCUGCUGGGAAUUCAAAGCAAAGGCCAGCGGGGGAACACUUGUUACUUCUCGGAACCUUCUCUGACGAACGAGGAUGCUCGAUUUCGCAAUUCGGGGAGAAACCGCUGUAA